AUGGAGAUGCUGUUGAAAUGCUCGAGUGUCAGGAAGACCUCCUUGCAACCGUACUUCGAUAUCUACACAUGUCCGAAUCCUGUGUAUCACCUCGGUAGAGUACAAAAGCCGCCCAGUGAAGGGCAUGCUUCACAAACACUCAUUGUAGUCCUGUUCUCGCCAUCACACGGCGUUGACCUCAUGAAGGCUAUCGCGGCCAAUGAGGAGCUAGGCGUUAGGUCGACUGGGGCGCUCGGGCCACAGAAGAUUGAUCGUUCCACCACCUUGGCGUUCCUCCCGCAACCACAUUUUGCAAGACAGCUCUCCUGGCCCACCAUCGACUCCAUCACCACCACGAUCCAUUGGCAGCUGUAG